GCGGAUUGAAGAUCGCAUAUUUCUGAGCUGUUCAAAUUGUUUGUCAACCUUGAUCGUUUAAGAGGAAAUUCCUCGUCGUAACUUGGCUGAGCGACAUUUUGUGUGCGACGCACCACGUUUUGAUACGUAGCAGUGCUAAGAAACACGACCUUGCGUCAGGUUGGAUUUAAACCACAUAUCAUCAGUUCUUAGGAAAAAAGAGUAAUCUUCGCUGGUCUCCGUGGCAGAAGGACGUGACAGGACGGUACGAAGCUACGUUCAGUCACCAACCAAUUUUUUUUUAACACAGUCGACGUGCUAGUACAAUAGAGAACAGCCUACAUCAUGAUGGAAGCAAUGAAUCCCGGCAAUCCUGCAGCCGCUAUGGGAGUCGGAAACCCGCAAGCACAAGGCCACCCUUUGGACGACAGCAAGAGUAAGCAGGCGAAAGAGAAAGUUUACCGCCGAAGUUACACUCACGCUAAACCACCUUACUCUUACAUUUCGCUGAUAACAAUGGCCAUCCAACAGUCGCCGAACAAGAUGCUUACGCUCAGCGAAAUUUAUCAGUUUAUCAUGGAUCUGUUUCCGUUCUACAGACAAAACCAGCAGCGGUGGCAGAACUCCAUACGACACAGCCUCUCGUUCAACGACUGCUUCGUGAAAGUUCCUCGAUCGCCAGAUAGGCCUGGUAAAGGGAGCUACUGGACACUUCAUCCCGACUGUGGAAACAUGUUCGAGAACGGCUGCUAUCUACGCAGACAGAAACGCUUCAAGGCGGAUAAAAAGCCAAGCCUGAGUGACCUUCCUAAGCCUGGGUUGUUGAGCCCGGUUGUUUCCUCAAUGCAUCAUCAAAAAGUCCAAGGACCCAAGAGUUUAGGAGCACCCAGCUUUCUUGCACCGUCUCCCUACAGUGCUAUGAGCGCAAUGGGCGCCAUGGGAGCUAUGGGAAUGGGAGCAAUGGGCUCAAUGUCUAUGAACAAAUCAUUUAAUCAUCCAUUCGCCAUCAAGAACAUCAUCGCCUCCGACCACGAAGCCGACCUCAGAGGCUUCGAUCCAAUGCACUUUAGCCCGUAUCAUCCCGCAGGAAUGUCUUCAUCCAUGUCUUCUCUAGGACUACCAAAACCUUACGACACUAACCCUAUUACGACAGAGCCCAGUCCGUAUUACCAGGGCUGUGUGUUUACACCGUCUAGUUGCGCGGGAAUAGCAGGGUUUUCAAACAUUUCAUAAACUGAUAAAUGAACCAUUCAGGGAUGUCGGACGCUUAAAUUAUGUACUAUUUCAGGCGCUCAGGAGCUGCCUUGUAAAUUGAGUUAUCUGUUAUGAUACAGUUUGCCAGUGUAUACGAAUUAAUACUUAAAUUCCAAGGUGAUUUUGUUGAUUAUAUGUCAAAUAGACGUUUUUUUUCCCUGCCAAAGAAGACCAAAACAUUGGAGCAAAUAUAGAAGAAUUCUAUGAAAGUUAAAGAAAAUUAUAAGAAGUGUAAUAUAGCUUGUACCAUUUCAUUCAGUCGUCGUGCUCACUGUGAUUAUAGAGUAUUUUGACGAAGGUAAAUGUAUAAAUCAAAAUAUUUUGAAACUGAAUUAAUCGGAAGACGUGAUCGUUUAAGUUAUGUUUGGGGGCAAUUCAAAAUUAGGAGCAUUUGUUGCAAACUCAGUACGUUAUUGUUUAGUGUUUUUUUGCUGCGUGACAAAAGAUGAGCCAGAAAUUUUCCAAACUACCGAGUUAUUCGGUACAAACUGCUCUUGUGGUUAGCGGUUCGUAUGUCUACUGUGUAUUUAACACUACAUUUACCAUUAUUUAUAUAAGCAGGGAGAGGUUUUGUAAAUUUACAGUCUUGCCCAAAUAGCAGUUGUUGGUUCAACGAAAUAAAUUUUUAACGAAGA